AAACAAAUAAUUCAAUAGCAAAGGAAAAAUGAUUUAUCACUCGAUCAGCCAAUAAUUAUAAUCAUAUUAUAAUACUUGGCAGCACUGUUGCGAAAUGAAAUAAUUCAGUGUAUUUCAUAGUCAUAUGUUUUCUGUCAUGAAAGAGUUGCUGUCAAAUUUAGUGUCAUUCGUGAAUAUUCUGUAAGUGAAAAGGCGAGAUUAUCACGAACAAUUUCGCGACAAGUCCACUCUGUUCAACUUGCGUACUCAUCUGUAUUUACGUUGCCGAAUUUCGAAGAGAAUAUAACCUAUCUUUCUUAAAGUUGCAAAUUUCUUUUUUAUUCGGUUACCAGUUCAGUGUGAAACUUAAACAAAAGGUGUCACACUUGUCCCAGAGUCAACAUAGAAAAGUUUUGUAAAAAGUUGUUCAGAGAAAUAUAUUUUAAAACAGAGAGGUUAAAAAGAAAAAGUCAAUUGAAUAGAGAAUUAGAAACAAUUCACAAAACAUUUUGUAUACAACAUGAAUAGGACAACGAAUAGUGCAACAGCGAGACUGAAGCAAGACUACUUACGUCUUAAAAAGGAUCCUGUACCAUAUGUUGUUGCAGAGCCAGUACCCUCGAAUAUAUUAGAAUGGCAUUAUGUUGUGAAGGGUCCAGAAAAAACUCCCUAUGAAGGAGGAUUUUAUCAUGGAAAACUUAUAUUUCCAGUAGAAUUUCCAUUCCAGCCUCCUAGCAUUUAUAUGACUACUCCAAAUGGCAGAUUUAAGGUCAAUACAAGAUUGUGUUUGUCUAUUUCUGACUUUCAUCCUGAUACAUGGAAUCCAGCGUGGAGUGUAUCUACUAUUCUUACAGGAUUACUUAGUUUUAUGAUUGAAAAUAGCCCUACCAUGGGUAGUAUCAAUACAUCUGAUCACGAGAAAAAACAAUUUGCUGCACAGAGUUUAGAGUACAAUUUAAAGGACAAGUUGUUCUGUGAACUUUUUCCAGAAACUGUUGAGGCAAUAAAAGCAGAAUUGGAACACAGAAAAGAAUUAGAAAAACAGGCAAGGCAUCAGACCACGGCUUCAGAAGUUUCGUCGCUGUUACGCGAUCAACUUCAAAGGGAUCAAAGUCCAUUGUACAGUGUGCUCACCAAUCUUGUUGUCAUUAUAGGAUUCGCAGCAUUUGCUUUCACAGUAAAAUACGUAUUAUGGAGCGUCGCCAUGGAAUAAGUGAAAGAAAAAUGAAUGCAUAGCAUACUUUUCGAUAAAGAAAAAAGAACGAGGAAAAAUGUUGUGAUAACGAUGCGUGCAGAUCUUGAAGAAAGGUAUUAGAAACUGAUUUGGGGCUGUUUGUCCAUAUCGAAUCUACGUGGUACUAUUUAACCUCUUAGUUUUCGAGUAUGCUGGUCCACCACACGGGCGUUUGAUAGAUUUUUAUAACAAAGUUACUUGUAAAAUACGAGUUGUGUACUAUAUUCGCAAAUUUUAAAUGUGGUGAUCGCGAAACUACGGUAACAGUUCCCCAAAGGGUUCUACCUGUGAGCGUUUAUCAUGAAACAAAAUGUCACUGAGUUCUUUAUCCAGUUGUAAAGAGAAAAAAGGAAGAAAAACAAAUCGUAACGCUGUUAAUUGAUUCGAAUCGAAUUUCGGAUUAACAUUGGCUUUCCGUCAAGUUCUGUUACGCGAAUUUCCAAAGUGUAGUUCAACUAAAUAUUUUGUGAUUAUUUGAACAAUUAUGUAAGUACAUGGUACGAGGAUAUAAGAAGGGGAUAGAGGGAAAAUGAAAGAGAUAGAGUAAUAAGGUAAAUUCGUGGGAGCUUCCCAAUGCUAUAAGUAAAUCAGCGAAGAUUCAAAUCUUGCUACUGCUUUCUAUUCUUGAUCUUUCUUUCCAUACAUCCACAACGGACUUUUCGCACGAUGCUUCAACAACAAAAAAAACUUCCCGAAUACGUUUACAAAUAAUUAGAAGUUCGUCUCUGCGAUGUGCCAAUGAAAAACAGUCAAAAUUUCUAACUGAAUCGAACUAAGCUUAGUAGAAAAUAGCUUGUAUCAUUGAUGAAAAGUACCGAUCUUGUAAAUACGUGUAGUAGACUAGUAAGACGUGUGCAAUAGUUAAAAAGAAGCAAAGAAAUUUAACAGAUCAGUGUCAGUAUUCGUUGUUUAACUGUUUCGAGAGAUAAUUUUAGAGAAAUCGAUUCUUUGAAUAUACAUGUUGUGUGUUCUCAGCUUGCUCAGAAGUUUCGUUCGAAUCGGUUAUCAUCGCUUUAUUGGAUGUAGUGUACUUUUCCUGUCACCCGGCGUGAUUGAAAAAAGGAAGAAAAAAAAGAAAAUGAGAUUUGAUUGUAACUCGCAGAUUAACACAUUACGAUUAUACUUUACCGAGUAAUUAACAAUUGGUAAUGUGUACGAAACUAUAUUCAUGGAAACAGAACUGACAUAUAAUCCGUGAAACGAUAUUUAUGUUAAGGAACUGCGUCGGUUUUAUUUAUGGAUUAAAAAUAAUGUAAUAAUUUUUCUACACGAAAAAAGAUGUUUAUUUUUUUGCUUCCUUGCUAUUCGAUAUGUUUGUUAAAAAAAAAGAAAAAAAACAAGAAAAGAGAAAGGAAAUAAUUUAAAAUUUUUAAAUAUUUAAUGUACAAGCUGAUUAAUUUACUUAAUUUUAAGAAUUCAAGUAUUUCCAAUAUUUUAACAACAAAUUUAGUGAACAACCAGUGUAGUACACCCAGAAUGAUUUAUUAACACUGAAAUACGAAAAUUGAAAUACGAACAGAAUUUGAAAAUGAAACCUUCACGCUCUUUUUCGUUAAUUUCCUUACGCCAUCUUGAAGCGCAAUGUGUUUAAAAGCAACUUCUACGUUCUAACGAGUAUUUCUUUUUCUGGUGCGUUAUUUUUACAAAGAAAUGAUCGUUUUCUCUUCCAAUUAGAUUAAUUUUGUUCAAUUAUUGAUAAAAGAGGAAAUCAUUCACUUUUAGUUGUAAAACAAAAUCUGAAGUAAGUUGUAUUUUCACUUGUUAUCGACAUUCGUUAUAAUUUUCUGCCUCCGUAUAAAAUUUAUGUUAUAUAACUUCUAUUCACUCGUAUACAUGAAAAACUACUUUUAUUUUAUUACUCAACGUGUAAAUAAUAUAUGAUUAGAAAAUAUAGCUACUUUAUAUUAGGCGAAAAAUUGUGGUUGUAGUUUAAGAUUGACACUUACAGAUGUCGUCGUGAUACAAUUUUCGAAUCUAUUUUUCGUCACACAAUUUACGCUUUGUGUAUCAUCUAUUUCCUUUUUAUAUACAGAUAUAUAAUAUACUAUAAUAAAUAAAGAAAUAGUCAUCGAA